CAUUAUUUUUGUUUUUGAUUUUCUUUCUCUUCUUUACUAAUAUUUCAAAGUUACAAUGUCACUUCGUCUCUUCUCUAAUCGAUUCGUUCACAGUUUACCUUGUUUAAGGAAUGCCACCUCAUCGGUUAUCUAUCGUAGUUUUGCUACGAAAAAGUAUACAUUGAAUCAUGAAUGGAUAUCUGUAGACAACAAUGUCGGUACUAUUGGCAUUACAGAUCAUGCACAACAGGCACUUGGUGAUGUCGUAUUUGUGGAAUUUCCUUACUUGGGCAAGGAAGUGGUAAAGGAUGAACAAGUGAGUGCUGUGGAAUCUGUCAACUCUUUAAAGAAUAUUUAUUCUCCUGCUAGUGGUGAAGUCCUCGAAGUCAAUGAUGCUCUUGUAGAACAACCAUCUUUGGUCAACGAUAGCCCAGAAGAAGAAGGCUGGUUAAUGAAGCUCAACUUGGUGGAAACGGCGGAUAUGGACUCCUUACUAGAUGAAACUGGUUAUGCAAAACACGUUGAAUCCUUAAGUAAAUGAAUAGUCUUGAUCCUUCAUACUCGCACACAUACUGCUCACGCAUGCAUAUAUAAACAAACACACAUCCUUUCACACACCUAUACACGCGUUUAUAUUCUCUUGCACACAACACACACACGCACACAACACACACACGCACACACACACACACACACGCACACACACACGCACACACACACAUAUAUAUAUAUAUAUAUAUAUAU